AUGGCAGCUGACCAAACAACCCCUUACGCAGUAUAUUAUUUUUUUCGCUCGUUUCGGCGUUCACUUCCCGACGAAAAUGACUUUGAGGACUUCAUUAGCACCUUGACCGUCACCCCCUUACAUGCGGUCAUCGAAAAUGUCUUGCCGUUCUUCCGUCGUUCUUCUGACCCCGGCUUGUUCACAAAAUUUCAGGUGAUGAUGCGUCAAUGUGAACAAAAUCCUGCUUUCGAGAGUACCCUAAUGAGGGUUUGCGAUGCCUUGGAUAUGCUUCGAAGAGUUGAACAAGCGUUAAGAGGCGACAGACGUUUGAUGGAUGGUUAUCUACGUGCCAUGCAAUUCGAUAAUGAUUCAGCCAGUCAUCAACAAGUAUGGUCUGGUCUGCAACGCUUCUUGAACGAGGACUGUGAUCCGCAUACAAAACGGAGGAUGGAGAAGGUUUUUGCCGAACAGAAGGCUAGCGAUGAACUUGGUCUUAACGAUGAUUUCCUUGAGAUGGCCUAUUCUCUGAUCGGUGAUGAUGCCUUGUACAUUGAAAUUCUCGAGACUCUCCAACUGAAUAACCGGCAGAAUCUUCCUUGGGAUAUUGUAAUCAACAGGAUCCAACGUCUUACCACUGAGAAAAAGCCUCAAGUUUGGCCUAUGCUGAAUAGAUUCUUAGACGAUGUCCACAAUGGUCGUGGUCUCAAUAAAAAUCUUCUUCUUUGUCAUUUUGUACACCCGAUUUAUGAUGAAUUCACAUAUUCUGUCUGUUGGGAAGAAUAUCUUGAUGACGAAACAGUCGAGCCUGAGAAUGGGGUCAACAUUCUUGAGCAAAAAUUCUCUGGUAUCAGUCUUGACACUGGAAAUGAAGAUAUACAACCGAAACCACAGCAAGAACAACGGAAACAGGCGAGAGAAGUGAUCGGUACCGUUUAA